UGUCGAUUUCUAAUGCGAACUUUUACUCACUCAACAGUUAACAGUGUGGGAGUGUGAGUAUAGGCUGUUCCCCAUUCCCCUUCCUUCCUCUCGUCUCCCCUCGAACCACCACGCCACCGUGGAGCUGCCGAUCAACUCCACCGUCUCAGCCUCGCCCCUAAGGCCCCCGUUCGACCACGCUGGGGCACCACCCCACACUAGCGGCCAAGCUUCCCCAUCACCGACCGCCGUCCGGGUUGGCCCGGAGGGCCACAAGGAGGCCGGAAGGAGCGACGGAGAGCAGCCACCGUCGUCUGGAUUUUCUCGCUUCGCCGUUCGUUAUUGACGGCAGCACGGGCGGAAGUUCGUCCUCGCCUCACCUAGAUAAUGGAUCAGAAUGUUGAAUCAACCAUUGUUGAGGAUUUUGAUAACCAACCUCUUAUAAAAGCAAAAGGUUCGGCAUCGAGUGGUUUGGCAGGCAAGUCAUUUGGACCGCAUUCUCAAUUCAUAGAUGUCAAGGAACAAAGAAGGAAAAGAGAUAGAGAGCGGUAUGCGCAGAUGAGCGAUGAAGAAAAGCAGGAAAUACUGAAAUGCGCCGUGAAGCUUAUAAGCAAAAGAAAAAAAUUAAAGGGACAAAGAAAUAUGCAGAUUUAGAGGCAGGACAAAGGAAAAAACAAUGCGUGCAAAAAAGGCAGAAAUAUGCAAAUAUGCAGCCAGAACAAAAGAAAGCAAGAUUAGAACAAAUUGUAGCUAACCGGGAGUUUAGGCGCAACACACCAUGCAAAGAAUCGAUUGCGAUGGUGAACCCUGCAUAUAUCGCAACAGAGGAAGAAUUUAGUGCAUCUACCUUUAAGGAGCUUCCAGAUUUACUUAUCCCCAUUUUCGAGAGGCAUGCGCAUUUAUGGGCUACAGAAAUUGAAGAACCCACAGCAAUGUUGACAAAAAAACAUGGUACCAGCAUGUCUGAGUUUUCUCGUGAUCUCCUCACUGCUAUCAAGGACCAUACCACACCUACUCCUUCCUUUGCGUUGUCGCCCAGGGCUGUCGAUGUUUCAAACCUUCACCAAGCUGAAUGUAGUGCUUCAAAAGCAACACCUGAAACGCGGUUCUGGAAGGAUGCCGUCCAAUACGAACAUGAGGUGGAACAAAGCAAAGAGAAAACAACCUUCCAAAACCAGAUGCCAGAUACACCCCGAGCACCUGCUUCAGCUCAAACCAACCUAGAUCAAGGAAAAGGGAACGAUGAACUGCUGGAAGCUCGGAAAAAACUGAUAGAUGCGAGCAAGCAAAUAACACAUUUACAGGCGGAGAUGCACACAGUGAAGUCCAAGAUGCAAGUUUUUGAAGCAAGAUGCAACCUGUUCGACACUAGGUCCAACCAGCUUGAGGAGCCAUCUACGGAGAUUGAAGCGAAAUCCAAGAUGCUUGACACUAGGUCGAACCAGCUUGAGGCUAGGUUUAUGGAGGUUCAAGCCAAGAAGCUUGACGAGCUAGCUAGGCAGUAUGACUAUGAUAGGAGGAACCUUGAACGGGACAAGGAAAAGUUGCACCAGGAGAUGCAUGCGAUGGAGUCACUCAACCAGGCUCUUAUUUCCAAGGAAGCAAAAAGCAACGAUGAGUUGCAGCAUGUUCGAAAACAGCUGGUAAAUUUUACUGAGCGACUAUCACAGUUACAGGAUGAGAUGCACGCAAUGGAGACGCUAAAUCAGGCUCUGGCUGCUAAGGAAAGAAAUAGCAGUGAAGAGUUGCAAUGCAUUAAAGAAAACCAGGAAGCACUGGAUUUACUCAACAAUGUUCUGACAACCAAGGAAAUAAGAAGCAACAAUGAGUUGCAAGAUGUCCGGAAGCAGCUAAUAGAUGGGUUACGGUUACAGAAGUUUACAAAUGGACGAGCAAAUAUAGGUGUCAAAAGGAUGGGCGAGCUUGACACAAAAGUAUUUACAAAUUGCAGACAAGAUUUAUCACAGGAGGAUGCACACAUUUCUGCUGCGUCUCUUUGUUCAAGUUGGCAAGCCGAAAUCACAAACCCAAUGUGGUACCCUUUUAAGGUGGUCAAAGUUGAUGGUGAACCUACGGAAAUUCUCUGUGAGGAUGAUGAUAAGCUUCGGAAGUUAAAAGAGCACGGUGAAGAAAUAUACACUUCAGUCACAAAGGCGCUGCUUGAGAUCAAUGAUUAG